AUGGACCUUCCGAAGCUGCUCGCAGCCCCUACCGCGCGCGGAGCCCAACAUGGCGGCGGCGGCGGCCCCGGCCGACUCCGCCGAGGCCCGGGGCCACCGCCCAGCCCGGGCCCGGCGCGCCGCCGCCUGCUACUGCUCCGGGGCCCCGAAGAUGGCGGGCCGGGGCCGCUGUGCGGGGAGGCCCGGGCGGCGUCGGCGGGCCCGGGGCCGAGCCCCCCGCCCCCCGAGGACGGUGGCGACUCUUUCGUGGUGCUGCUGGAAGUGGCGCGCGGCGGUGCGGCCGAGGACCCCGGGCGGCGGGAGGUGGGGCCCGGCGCUGGCGCGAGCCCAAUCACCCACUCCGAGCCUGGCCCCAGCGGCGCAGCCGCCGCCCCCGGGUCCGGCGCGGCUCUCGCGGGCACCGUCACCAUUAACAGCCAGGACCUGCUGGUGCGCUUCGAUCACGGCGUCUUCACGCUGGCCGCCGCGCCGCCGCAGCCGGGCCAGCCUCCCCGAGGCCCGCCCGCGCCGCCGGGCGAGGAGGCCGCGAGCCCGGCCGAGGGCCGCCGGGGUCCCCAGGGUCCGGGCUCUGGUGCCCCGGGCUACCGCUGUCCCGAGCCGCAGUGCGCGCUCUCCUUCGCCAAGAAGCACCAGCUCAAGGUGCACCUGCUGACGCACGGCGGCAGCCAGGGCCGGCGGCCCUUCAAGUGCCCGCUGGACGGCUGCGGCUGGGCCUUCACUACCUCCUACAAGCUCAAGCGGCACCUGCAGUCGCACGACAAGCUGCGGCCCUUCGGCUGCCCGGUGGGCGGCUGCGGCAAGAAGUUUACCACCGUGUACAACCUCAAGGCGCACAUGAAGGGCCACGAGCAGGAGAACUUGUUCAAGUGCGAGGUGUGCUCCGAGCGCUUUCCCACGCACGCCAAACUCAGCUCCCACCAGCGCAGCCACUUCGAGCCGGAGAGGCCCUACAAGUGUGACUUUCCCGGCUGCGAGAAGACAUUCAUCACAGUGAGUGCUCUGUUUUCCCAUAACCGAGCUCACUUCAGGGAACAAGAACUCUUUUCUUGCUCCUUUCCUGGGUGCAGCAAACAAUAUGACAAAGCUUGUCGCCUGAAAAUUCACCUGAGAAGUCAUACAGGUGAAAGACCUUUUAUUUGUGACUCUGACAGUUGUGGCUGGACCUUUACCAGCAUGUCUAAACUCCUGCGACACAAAAGGAAACACGAUGACGACCGGAGGUUUACUUGCCCCGUUGAAGGCUGUGGGAAGUCAUUCACCAGAGCAGAGCACCUGAAAGGCCAUAGCAUCACCCACCUGGGCACAAAGCCAUUCGAGUGUCCCGUGGAAGGGUGCUGUGCCAGGUUCUCUGCCCGUAGCAGCCUCUACAUUCACUCCAAGAAACACCUGCAGGACGUGGGUGCUCCGAAAAGCCGUUGCCCAGUGUCCAGCUGUAACAGACUCUUCACCUCCAAGCACAGCAUGAAGGCCCAUGUGGUCCGGCAGCAUAGCCGGCGCCAAGAUCUCUUCCCUCAGCUUGGAGCUCCGAGUUCUCUUACGCAUAGCAGUGAACUUGGCAGCCCAGGCCAAAGUGAGCUGAAUAACCUAGACCUGGCAGCGCUCUUCUCUGACGCACCUGGUGAUGGUGGGAGUGCGGCGGGGGCCUCAGACGAGGCACUGAACUCUGGCAUCCUGACUAUUGAUGUUACUUCUGUGAGCGCCUCACUCGGAGGGAACCUUCCCGCUAAUAAUAGUUCCUUGGGGCCCAUGGACCCACUGGUGUUGGUGGCCCAUAGUGACAUUCCUCCAAGCCUGGAUAGCCCUCUCGUUCUUGGGACAGCAGCCACCGUUCUUCAACAAGGCAGCUUCAGUAUGGAUGACGUACAGACCGUAAACGCAGGAGCUUUAGGUUGUUUGGUAGCUCUGCCUGUGAAGAACUUGAGUCCGGACCCACAGGCUUUGACCGCAGGUGGUCAUUUAGCAGACACCACCUCCACACUGACCUCUCCGAGCCCCCCACCUGGAGACACCGGUGGCCCAGAGUUGCUGGCUCCAAUCAAAGUGGAACCGGCCUCACCUUCCAGCCCCGACACUGUAAGGCAGCAGGAACGGAGCCGAGGGGCUCCCAGGUCGGUGUUCUGCAGCCCUGCGGAAAAGCACAGUCCUCAGAAAGACACGGGGUUCAGUGCGGGGACCGGCAGCUUCUAUUUGGAAAGUGGGGGCUCAGCAAGAACUGAUUCCCGAGCCAUUCAACUAGCCAAGAAAAAAAAGCAGAAAGGAACUGGGAGCAACGCAGGAGCCUCAGGGUCCGCUCAGAGGAAGAUGAAAGGUGGCAAAGUCAGUCCUACUCACUUGCACACGAGCCAGCCUGGCUGGUUGUGUGGGAACCUUGUGGUGCCCAGUGGAGGUCAGCCAGCACCGGCUCCGGCGGCCGGAGUGCAGUGCGUUCAGCUACAGCUACUGCAGGAUGAGCCCUCAGGCGAAGCAGCCUCAUCGUCGGUUCUCAGCCCGCAGCCUUCCGCCCUCCACCCCCUGUUCGCUGUCGAUUUGCCCGUCUAUGUCCUCCAGGAGGUGCUUCCUGCAACUGGAGGGGCUGUCGGGCCUGAGGACGUGCAGUGUGCGGGGAGCACCAUCAACCUUCGGGACCUGCAGUGACCGCGGCCCUUUGCCCCAGGGACCCAAGGGCCGCGCCUCCAGCCAGUGGCCCUGAGACUCCGUUAGGUGGUCUUACAGACCUGGGGGAGAUCCCACUAGGUUUCUGCUCAGGAGGCUCACUGAGCUCCUCGAAGACUUUUGGGCUCGCUUCUCAAAAAUGUUUUUCGUACGUUUUAUCAGGAACCGGUUUGGGGCAGUAUUCAUGGAAAUCGCCUUAUAGGAACAUGAGGCAAGGCCUGCCCUCAGGGCCAAGCACAUGCCUUUGCACACGGAUGUCCCUUGUCCCAUUUGAGCGAAGCCAUGGAGCCCCUGCUGCAUGAGAAGAGACUUAGGCAGGAGGUAGGGUGGAGUACAGAUUCCCUAGUCAGAUAGGACUUCAUCUGUGGUAAAAGCAGAUGGGAUCUUUCACCUUCCGUGCCUCAGCAUUUGGCCUGAGAAAGAUCUAGAAACUCUUUACCCUUUCUGAGAGCUAGCAGGCUGGUUCCCAUCCCCUGGGGUGGUGGCUGUGCUUGGGCUGAUUCUGUCAGCCCGAGGGGCAGAAGUGGUCCCGUUGUCACAGUGAAGCCAAAUUCGAAUCCCUGUUUUGGCAGAGCAGGCGGGGGAGCUUGUGUGAGGGGGAAGGAGAUGGGGGUGAAGAGGGGCACACUGGGUUAGCGACCCCUCUGCAUGGAGGCCAAAUGUAAAGCUCCUAAUUUGGGGAUGGAUGGUUGAGGUAAACUUUACGUUUUUCUAAAUUCUGUAUUUGGGUAUUCACGUUUAAUACUAAUUUGUCCAUGGUUUCUAAAGUCACGGUCUGAAUCCUGAACAUGAUGUGUGGGGCAGCGAGAAUGGUGUGUCUGCUUGUCCAGAAUGCACACGUGCAUGUUCUGUGUGGCCAUGUAUUUUUACGGAGUGCGGUCUGUCUUGCACAGGAGGCGAGGCGAUAACCUUGCACAUAUUUAUUUGUUUGUUAGUGGGACUGGCCAUGGGGUCACUCAGAAAUGCUGUUUUUCGCCGUGUACCUUUGAGGCUUAUGUUGAUCCAGAUGCUGUUUUGGUUCUUGAAUUUGGAAUUGUCCAAACUCUGCCUGUUCUUUGUUUCUUCAUUUCUGAGUUUUUGGCCUUGGCUUUUGGGAAUGACCCCAGCAUUUGGUGGUGAGUCCUAUCUCUGUCCUCCUCCUCUGAGGUGCUGUCUCUCCAGGUACUUCUCCACCCAGGGAGAACUCGGGCCCUGUCAGAAAUGGUUUUUACCCACAGAACUCUGUGCUGUGUCACAGACUAAAGUUUUGUCCGCCCGUCUCCUCAGCCUCCAAGUCACCAGCAGCCCCCUCCCUCCAUGAGGAGCCAGCCUGCCUGCCAGGGUGGUCUUGGGGGCUGGGUCGCCUAGUGGCCGCACUGCCCUGUCCUUCUGCUGGGAGGAGGGGCCGGGCCAUAGGAAUGCUCUCUCUGGGCUGGGUGGUUAGAACAUUCCCCAGAACGUUCUCCUGGGAAUGUCCACCACUGAUAUGACUGGUACUGGCUGUCAGUUUUCUGGGCACUGAGUUCUGUGGUGACCAUGGGCCCAACUUCUAGU